GUGGAUCAUACCACCCAUCUCAGAUCACCUCAUUUAGCGUGAAUCUCUUCGAUCUUUCCUGCUGUACCUAUCAGCUGUUUUAGCACGGGAUAGGUUCGGACCAUGGGUAUGACAUUAGCAGAAUUCGCGCUUUACUUCUUAAACGGUGUUGUGAAACUGAAGUCUCUACCCGUGGUUAUUGUAUACCUGUCUUUUGUGGCUUUCUCGCCGCUUUGGACUCGAUAUGUUCGCCCUUUUGGUCUCCGUAAGGUUCUGGUGGUUUAUAAUUUUGCAUGUAGUAUAUUCAGCCUUUAUUCAGUCGUCAUCAUCCUUGCAGCCCUGGCAAGGAAUUGGCCACGUUCUUUGUUUUCAUGUGAGGAAGAUUCCCUCGUAAAGCACGCUUUUUGGGUGUACUACAUGACCAAGUACAUCGAGCUCAUGGACACAGUCUUCAUGAUUCUUAGACACAGGCUGCGUCAAGUUUCUUUACUUCAUAUUUACCACCACUCUUCCAUUUUGAUGCUGAGUGAAUACGCUUCCAUUUACGGCAAUUGGCCGGCCAUCUCUGUACCAUUGGGAUUGAACGCCAUCAUUCACGUGUUUCUGUAUUUCUACUACGGCCAAUCUGCACUCAAUCCUGGUCAAAGGCCCGCUUGGAAGAAGAACCUGACCCAACUUCAACUGAUUCAGUUCAUGAUUGGACUGUGUCACAUGAUCGUGGGAUAUCUACAACACGGCUGGUGCUGGUACGGAAUUGCCUAUGAGCUGACCAUGAUAUGGCUGUUUUCUAAUUUUUAUUACCAAGCGUAUCUCAAAGAAAGGGCCGUUGCCAAGAAACUAGAAUGAAGCACACAUGUUUUAGGUUCAAUUUUAAGUAACGUUUUAUCUCGAGUGUUUAUUGGCCUGCGUAACGAGCGUUCAGAUGUUGGGGCGUAACUCUUCAUUUGAGCGCAGCGACAGGGUCGGCAUCUCUUACUUGAAAGUUUCAGUAACUUAACGAGCCUGAAGCCAUCUUCUUGAUUUAAAAUUGUGGUAAUUAUGUCUUCUGUUCAUAUGGGUGUGGCUCCUCGCGCGGGGGAGCCGUUGCGAAAUACGCGUGCCCGCCUUUUCGAGAGUUCGUCACGCAGGUUUGGCUUUUGUUGAGCUAAAUGCCUUGCGUUUUAAAUUGUGUCAAAAUAGAUUGAAACUAAUUCUUUGCUAAGAUAAUCAAUAAUAAUUAUUUUCAUGGUCAGUUGAAAAUUAUUCGUAUUUUUGUAAAAGUAAUUUUAAUUGUUUAUUUGUACGACGGGGUAGAGAGUACUCAGCCACUAAUUUAAGAUAGAUUGAAAUAAAUCUUACUGUAACUUGUAGCAAAGUGACUGGGUUAACAUUUUGGGUACAUCUUAAGCCUGCGAGCAAGCUCUCUGAAGAACAGCCCUAUGAGCAGCGUAGCUGCCAUGAAUAAGAGCUAAGAGGAGACAGCGGUCAAACGUCUGCGCAUGUGCUAACGUUGUAGUGUCUAAGUAACGUGCUUUUAAUAACCACACAAGCCAGAAGUCAUUGUGGUUCAUAAAAGUAUACCGUCUUUACUAAAACAUAGUAGAGACUGAUAAAUGAACAGGAUACCCGUACUCGGUAAAGUUUUUGUGUUCGAAAAGUCUGGAGUUUUUCUCUUUGAACUUUUAUUUCAUUUGACAUAUUUCUUUUCUGUUACACAUAUCAAUUUUCUUUGAUCACUCUGUGAGAACAAUUGUUUCUUAAAUUCUCAGUUGGAAUUUUGGAUGGGAAAUUGAAGCGCGAACAGCUGAAAUUGGUCCUCUUGCGCAUGCCUUACUUUUGACCGCUGUGUUUCUCGUAGGCUAGUUCAUCUUGUGCAUUCGCACUUUCAAUCUCUUAAUUUUAAACUACACAAAAUAUAGCAGUUUACUCUUGUUCACCUUCGAUUAGGUUAAAAAAUAAAAUCAAUGCACACGAGUGUG